AUGCCGCAGCUCUGCUCCGCUGCUCUAGCCCCACUGUUGUGCACCCUCGCUGUGCUGCUCAAAAUGUCUCUGUCAGUGGACCAUGUACCAAUGCUUUUUUGGUCAGCUCAGAGAUUACAGUGGAAUCCAGACACUGCUGUGCAUGAAGGACAUAUUGUCUCAGCACAGGAGCUGACUGAAAUCUUGCAACCUGUUUUUACCCAGAGUUCCAGAAACCUCGUCUUGUUUCUGCAAGAUAAGCUUAGCAUAGAUGAUUUCACAUACUUCAGUGAAUCCUACGGUAACAAGAAUCCAUUUCAAAAUGUUCAGGAAAGUCUUCAGUCUUCUCCUUCAUCUUUAGUUUUGCCAGCUGUUGACUGUGAGGCUACCAGGUAUCUUCUGAGCUUUCUUCAGGAGUCAAGAGACUGGAAAUUAACAAAAAUAACAAAUCUCAAUGUCUCUCAUCUAGAAGUGAAUACAUCUAAACCAAACCUAGUGGUGAUUCAGCUACAACCACUUGUCAGUGGUUUCAAUGAAAUUUCCACGCUGGAAGCAAUUGCUGAAAAUGAUAAAAUAAUUGGAAGACUGACUAUGGAUCUGCAGGAACAAGGGAUUCAUUUUUCAGUGAUUUAUACUGCAGUGAGACCUUCAAGGAUUUCUAGAAGAACUGAUGUGGUGUGGAAAUUAAGACGGCAGUUAAUGGCCACUGAGGAAGAAGACAGUUUAUCAUAUCCUCCUCUGAAUGUAACCGCUGGAAAUGAUACAUGCAUCCUAUUUUAUGCAAGAAAUUUCAGCCUCAAAGCUAAUAAUUCAGUUUUUAUAGAUUUGACAAAUGUGACAUUUGUAACCCAGAAUGUGGAUGUUUCUUCCUCUGAGUGCUCAGACACCAACACAACACUGUCAUUAAGAUACACAAAGCCUGUGAAUGGAAUCAGCAGCCUAGAGAUAAGGUUUUUAAUGUCCAACAAGUUCUACGGAGGCUCAGCUAGAAACUGGUCUACUCUAGAUUCAGUUGAAAUUGUACAGGAUGGAGAAAAGUUUGCUAAAUUUAAUGUUUCUGUCAUCUCUGCUCCUGCAGAGUAUUCAUUUCAUUGUCAGCUGGUGGGAACAAGCAAUCUCUAUCCUGCAAGGUUGAUUCCAUCCAACAAUGAGGCAAAAAACUGGGAAGUUUUCAUUUCCAGUUUGCAAAUUCAAGGCUUUAAUGUUGAAAACAACCAAUUUUCCUAUGCAAGUGACUGUACAGGUUUCUUCACUCCUGGAAUCUGGAUGGGCUUGGUGACAUCUAUAGUUUUACUGUGGAUCCUGGCCUAUGGAAUCCAUAUGAUCAUGCAGCUCACAACAAACAGCAGAUUUGAUGAUCCCAAAGGUCCAGCUCUGUCGGUUCCUCAAACAGAAUAG